UGAAUCAGUAUCAUUUAAAUUGUUCUCAUUUUAUUUAAUCAUAUUCAAUUCAAACUUUCACUUUUCUUCUUUGGGAGGUGGAAAGUUUGGCAUUUGCUGCCAAAAAAUACUAAAGUAUUAGUAUAAGUGGUCGUUUUCUCUGGUUUAAAAACGUUUUCCUUUAGUAAAACUGAAAGGUCUCUCUGUCAAGGAGCUGGAGCACAUAGCUUGAACUCGCCGCUAAUUGGCUUGUGAUGUAUGAAAUGUGAACAACGGAGGAUGUUUUAAUUCAAUUUCUGAUCGUUUUUACUUCCUAAAUUUCAUAUAAUUUAUAAUUCAUUCAUUUGUAAUUGUAACAAUUAUUUAUCUCUAGUAUGUAAAAAAAAUCUUCUGCCACUAGGUGGAGCAAGGAGAACGCAGCAGAAAGGAGGAAGACAUUCAUUGCUCUGUGUGCGUCAUAUGAACGAAUAAGUAGCUGAUGAUUUUUUUGUGCAUUAAUAGUGUUUCAUCUUGAAGAGUUCAUUUAUAUUGGCGCUGCUGUGAAAACCUGUCACUGAAUAAAAGAUGUUUCCCAUCAAGUCUCACCAGUACGACAAAGGAAAGCCACAAUGAUGAUCUCCUUUCUUGUUCUAGCACUGCUUGUAUCCCCCGUGGCUCCUUCUGUUAGCACCCCCAGUGCGCUACUGGAGGUGACAUCAGGACAUUCCAGGGUCUUCUCCGGCGAACGUGUCCAGCUCAGAUGCAGCGUCGCAGACGGCCACAAGUCCACCUGGAGUUACUUAUGGUUCAAGGACUCCAAGCUGCUCUCGCAAAAUAGCGAGACAUUGACGCUGAAAGGCAGCAUUGAUGACAGUGGAGCACUUCAAUGCCAAGGAGUCAGGGACACUGCAGUGGGAAACAUCUAUACCAACAAAAGUCUGCCUGUCGACAUCAAUGUGGACGGAGGUUGGGCCAUUCUAGAAGGCCCACUGCAUCCCACCCUCGUGGGAGAGGCCUUAAACAUGACGUGUCGCGUCCGGGGCCGCCCGCGACUUCACGAAGUGAUUUUGUACAAAGAUGGCGUGGAGGUUAUGACGCAAAGUGACUCCAGCCCACAUUUGCACCUGCCCUGCUUAAACCUGACGGACCAAGGACUGUACUCCUGCAGGGCGUCUUGGGAUGUCAACCGACAAACACAUUCUGGGAUUUCAGCUGGCAUUCAAGUCCAGGUUUUAGAGCUUCUGACGCAACCGGUUUUGGAGAUAGUUGCAGGUAAUAACGUACUCGGGGUGGAUCUCAUGAAGCUCAUCUGCAGUCUGCAGUACAAUGCCCGUGCACCGGCGCCUCCCAUACAUUACUACUUCUAUAAGGAUAACAGCCGAAUGGGGACGGCCACCUCUGAGAACUUUACCCUGGUCAGACGGACCCCCGGCCUGUACAGCUGCAAGGCUAAGGUUCCACAUUUAGGUCUUUCCAAGUGGAGUGAGGUGGAAACAUUUGGAGAGUGACAAUGACAUAAAAGCAUAUCCUAGUACUGAUAGCGGCGUAGGGUGUACUCACAAUGGAGUACACUCAGAGUGCCAUCACUUUAUGAUACAACGCUUUAUUACUGCAACUUUCCUGACUUUGUGGCUUCUUUUUAGUCAUUCUAUUUACGUCUAUUGACUAUUGGAGGUUGUCAGUGAUAAAUUAUUGAAAUGCUACUGCAACAACACAUCAUCAGUAGGGUAAAACGAACCUGUCUCUGCCAGCUGUCAUUGCACGCGCUUUCCUGUUACUUUAAAUUGUAAGUUUCACCGAACAGAAUAAAGCAUAUCAAAAUCAACUUUCCCUGGAUCAGUUAUGUCACUUACCAUAUUUUCUCAAAUAGUAACCUCCGCAUGGUCUCCAUUAACCUUGAACAAAUAAACCCCAUCCGCAAAAAGGCAAGGUGGCUGUAAUUACCUAUAUGCAAAUUAGACGAUGGCGUCAUCUACCGACUUCUCGGACAGCCAA